AUGAGCGGGAUGAUGGGAAAGAUCAACCUUCUCACCAGCGGGGCACGAGCUAUUGACCGUGUACUAGACAUAGCUGACGCUCCCACCGAGAAUCUUCCCCCCGUUCUUAGAAACCUUUCCAUCUCAAUUGCGCCGGGCCGGCGCCUGGGUGUUGUUGGACGUACUGGUGCUGGGAAAACAAGUCUUAUAAAUGCAUUGCUUCAAUUCAUUGACAUUGAGUCAGGUACGAUUUAUAUCGACGGGGUGGAUAUUGCAACUGUCAAGAUUGACCGUCUGAGGAACUCGAUCUCCGUCAUCCCUCAAGACCCGUUCCUGUUUUCCGGCACGCUACGUGAGAAUUUGAGCAUGCUUGGCGGCAAGACUGAUGAAGAGCUCAAGAUGGUACUGAGAAAGGUGGCGGCGACACAGGAUGGGCGAGGCUCAAGCGAUGCCCUCGACGACCUGGACAUGGCCAUCCAGCCAGGUGGUGAGAACCUCUCCCACGGGCAGCGACAGAUGGUAUGCCUCGCCAGAGCGAUUCUGGACCCCCGGCGCAUUGUCAUCCUGGACGAAGCGACGAGCGGCGUGGAUCAGGUGACGGAUAGCGUGGUGCAAAGAGUUAUUCGUCGUGAGUUUGCAGAGUCUACCAUGAUCGUGGUAGCCCACAGGCUCGCCACAGUCGCGGACUUGGACCAGGUUUUGGUGCUGGAUGAGGGCAUGGCGGUCGAGUCUGGGUCUCCGGCGGAGUUGAUGCAGAAGAAGGGCGUCUUCUGGGACAUGGUAAAUCAGGGUGGCGAUGCGGAGAGUGUGCGGAUGGCGAUUGAGCGAGGCUCAUGA